CGGACACGUUGGCUCGGGCAAAUAUAUCAAUGUGGAUACAGUGCAAGUGAAUGAGAAGUGCCAUAAGUGGAAAGAGAGUGAAAUACAUUUUGGCGGGAAAUUGUUGUACUAAAUGAUUGAAAUAAGAGUGCCAAAUAUCAAAUUCCUUCAAAAAAUUAAAACUAAAUUUUGCCCAAACAGCUCGCAAUCAAAAAGAAAAAUAAAUAAAUAAACAACAAAUAAAGAAUUCGAAACAAAUCUGCACAUGCCGUAAAAGAGUGACAUAAUCUUGAAUUAAAACCUCCAUACAAGUCACAUACACUUAAUAACAAAGAAACAAGGAAACCAAAUCAAAAUGUAUUGUUAUGUGGCGCACCAAGCGUCGUCUAUUUAAAAAUCUCUUAUCGAAUUAUGAUUAAAGAACACAUCAAAAACACAAAGCAACAUAUGCCGACCCCGGUCCACUCAUAGACACACAGCACAGUGAAUGAAAUCAACGCGUACGCCGCUCUGCAUUAAACAGCUGACGUCCGCACACUUUGCCGCAAAGUGAAUGUAAAUAAAGACGUUGCAAGCAUAAAUUCAAGAGCAGUAAAGCGGUCUUGCUCUUUUGAGCUUGUGUGGCUCAACAUCAAUUGUCUGUAGUCAAAGCGUCUACGCCCACACAAUGGCCUUUCUGUUCGAACCAUUUCAGGCCGAUGACCAAUAUUUGCGCGAAUUCCUUUCACAUCUCUAUCUCAAUUGUAUAAUACGCUAUCAGAAUGAGACCGGCUCGGCGGUCAAUGAUACGGACGAUGACGCAAACUACAUUGGUGUGCCGCGUUACCUCGAAGAGGCCGUGCUCAACGAAGGCAGCAUAGACUUGUCGAAUGUGGACGAGGCGCAGGCGGAACAAAAUGAACUUUUCGCCUACAUCUCCAAGCAUAGCUUAAAGCCACCGCCAACAACAACAACAGCAGCGUCACUCACAAGCAAGAAUAGCAGUACAUUUCAGAGCAACUACAAUGCGAGCAACAUAAAUGCGACAUACCCAUACAUCAACAACAUUAUUGUCACUUCAACGCCUGCAACAAAUGCCAACACUCCUGCAAAUGGCACUUCUUCGUCGGUUUCUUCAGCAACUUCUUCGCCAGCCACAUCACCCACGGCUGCUAGCUCGCCUCCGCUGCGCUUUUGCCCUUUGCGCUUCGAUGGCUACCUCUGCUGGCCGCGCACGCCCGCCGGCACUGUGCUCAGUCAAUAUUGUCCGGAUUUUGUGGAGGGCUUCAAUCGCAAAUUUCUGGCGCAUAAAACUUGUCUGGAGAAUGGCACCUGGUAUCAUCAUCCUGUGAGCGGUCGUGAAUGGUCCAACUACACCAAUUGCAUUGAUUACGAUGACUUGCAGUUCCGCAGUUUUGUCAAUGAGCUGUACGUGAAAGGCUACAUCGUUUCCUUAAUCGCAUUACUGCUCUCUCUUGUCAUAUUCCUCGGCUUCAAAUCCUUGCGCUGCACACGCAUACGCAUACACGUGCACUUGUUCGCCUCGCUGGCGUUCACUUGCAUCGCCUGGAUACUCUGGUAUAAAUUUGUGGUCGAGCAACCGGAUCUAAUAGGCAAUAAUCCGCCCUGGUGCAUAAUUCUACACCUGGUCGUGCACUAUUUUAUGCUGGUCAAUUACUUUUGGAUGUUUUGUGAAGGGUUGCAUUUGCAUUUGGUAUUAGUGGUGGUCUUUGUUAAGGACACCAUUGUGAUGCGUUGGUUCAAGCUCUUCGCCUGGAUGUCACCCAUACUUGUGUUGAUGGCUUAUGGCGCGGCAAGAUUUUUGCACACCGACGAUAAUACACACUGCUGGAUGGACGACAGUCUGCUGCUCUGGAUCCUGUCUGUGCCCAUUUGUGCAUCGCUCUUGGCUAGUUUCGUUUUUCUCAUCAAUGUUUUGCGCGUGAUUGUGCGCAAGUUGCAUCCGCAGUCGGCGCAGCCGGCACCGCUGGCCAUAAGGAAAGCAGUGCGCGCUACAAUCAUAUUGAUACCGCUAUUUGGCUUGCAACACUCACUGCUCCCCUACCGCCCCGACACUGGCACACCACUGGAACGCUUCUACCAAAUACUCUCGGUGAUAUUGGUGAGUCUGCAGGGCUUUGUGGUCUCCUUCCUCUUUUGCUUUGCCAAUCACGAUGUCACGUUCGCCAUACGCACGCUCUUGAAUCGGCUCAUGCCCGGUUUGGUCUCACCACCCCCGCCAGGCACACACACCGGACAAAUGGCAACAACAACACCAAGUCGCGAGCUGGGCGUGUAAGCGCAGGUAGCUGCGGAAGGAAGGAACUCGGAGAAUGACGAGAAGCGUACUUGUAGCAAAGAGCGUAGCUUUAGCUAGUGGAGGUGCAUCAGGGCGAAGCCACAAAGGGGUUAGGACCACCAAACUAUGGAUGGAUGGAUGGAGGAACACAAAUAAUUUAUUUUAAAGUGAAAUUUCGAUUUAAGCACUGUAUCCCUCAAAUUCAUAAAAUUUAAUCUCUAAGAGUACGAAAUUGUGCAGGAAAAAGUCAUAUUCAAGCCACAACAACAAAAGUAAACACUAGAAACAUAUAAAAACUGAAAAUUAAUACUGAAGGGAAAGUAAAGAAGUAUUUAGAGGCCAAUGUAACCGAACAAAUGUAUUAUUACAAAAUAUCAAUUGAGAUUGCAUAUACAUAUGUAUGUACUACAUACAUAUAUAAUAUAUUUACACAGUAGUAAUAAGCCACGCUGUAAUUUAUUUGAAAGCACAUACAA